GUCCUCUUCAUUGUUCGUAUCACGAUCAAAUCCCUCGGAAUUGGAAUAUCGACAUCUCGUACGGAGUGCAGUCUGAUGGUACACAGAAACUCAACCUUUCUGUUUCAAACUCGCCUCGACUCCUCUGCCUCAAUCGGCUCCAUUUCUCAUAUCUCUUGUUUGUCAGGCUUCUCAGACAGAUGCGGCUGUUGAAUCGAUUGUCCUCCCCACGUCAAUGACAACGAGCGCUGUUGCUCAUCCCCAAACCACAACGUUCAUUCCCGACACCAUUUACAUUCAUUAAACAAUCUUACAAAAUGAAAGCCUCCUACUCUACCAACGCUUUAAAGCGGUGGUCUUGCAAGAGUCGCGAUAUUCCCACGGUUGCCCAAGUCAAAGCAGUUCAUGUCUACGACUUCGAUAAUACUCUAUUCUCUAGUCCUCUCCCAAACCCUCAAAUAUGGGCAAGUCCUGCAAUAGGAAUGCUACAAGCUUACGAGACUCUGGCAUACGGAGGAUGGUGGCACGAUUCGUCCAUUUUGGAAGCAACUGGAGAUGGCCUAGAAAAGGAAGAAACCAGAGCAUGGGAAGGCUGGUGGAACGAGGCUGUUGUUCAGCUUGUUAAACUAAGCACACAGUCAAAGGAUGUAGCGACAAUUCUGCUCACAGGAAGAAACGAAACCAAUUUCGCCGAUCUGGUCAAUAGAAUCUGUGAUGCUAAAAACCUCCAUUUCGACAUGGUAGUGUUGAAGCCCGAGGUUGGCCCUGCUGGUCAAAGAUUUGAAAGCACAAUGAGCUUCAAGCAGGAAUUCCUUCGAGAGCUAGUCUUCACUUACAACAACGCGGAGGAAAUCAAGAUUUACGAGGAUCGCCCGAAGCACGCCAAAGGAUUUAGAGAGUAUUUUGAACGACUGAACAAAUCUCUGCUUUCCCAUCCCGCCGAUCAACCACCACCCCUGCGGAAGCCCAUCAUCGCCGAUGUCGUCCACGUCUGUGAAUUGAAAUCGACUCUGAAUCCGGAAACUGAAAUCAACGUCGUCCAGAGAGCCAUAGACCGCCACAAUCAUGCCGUUACCAACGGUGGACCAAACCCAACCAGGAGUGUGCGGAAACACUUGACAAUCACCGAGCAAUUCUCCUAUUUUGGCUACCUCAUCAAUCAGACAGACUCUGCUCGUUUGAUCACUCUCAUCACGGGGCUUCCCACAGCUCUCAUUGACUCUGGAGAGGUUCGCCUACUGGCCUCAAGCAUUCUAAUUGCCCCCUAUGUGCCACAAAGGAGCCUUGUCAAGAAAGUCGGUGGCCGGGGCAAAAAGGUAACGUGGCAGGUGACCGGUUUCACAAAAUACGAGGAUCGCAUCUGGGCGGCACGAGUUGCUCCGGUAUCAGAAACCCAGAUUAUCACGCAGGACCCUAUACCACUAGUAGUCCUUGCAAUUCGUAAAGGUUCAAGGCAAAUUGAUGCAGCAAAAAUCCAGCAAUGGGAAUCUGUUGCACCAGAGAAAGCGUUCAUGUUCGAGACUACUGUUGGAGACAAGGUUAUGCUGAAGAUAGAAGACGACUUUGUACGUAGCAAAGGAGGACGGAGGCACGAGAACAACGAUGGCGGCCACAAACGCAAGCAUGUCAACGAUGCUGACUCCGACUAUGCGCCUCAAAACAGCUAUUCACGAAAUGGUGCGGUGGAUCGAGAGGAUGGGUCUUGGGCUGGGGAAAAGCGUCCAGCCAGAGGUGGCAGAUUCGCCCAACGCAAUGCAGCCAGUAAGGCUAACUUCAACAACCGCAACAAUCCAAACACUCCGGGCAGCAAGCACAACACGCAAGAAGCCAGCUCUGGUGGAAGACAACGUGGUCCAGGACCUGCUGCCGGGAGUGGAAUCCGAGGAAGGAACGCGGGUGGCGCGCAUUCGGGUGGCGGCGGCAGAGGUCCUCCUGCAUACAAGAGUCUCGAUGAUUAUGGCCCGGGCAAUUUUGAUGGUGCGAACGACCCCAAGGCUGGAACGGCAGAGAUGGUGAUGAACUACUAAAUACUGUUGCGUCAUGGAUGUUGGCCGUUUCAUUAUCAAGAGAGCAAGCGGUUCGAAGCGUAUCUAGUUCUUCUAUGUCGUUUGACGGGAUGAUGCAUCAUGUUGGGCUUUUGCAAUGAUACCAUGUAUGACUAUUGAGCCAUGGAGUCUGGCGUGGGUACCUACCAAUUUCUGUAAUAUCGGUCUAGGGUUUCAAGUAUUAUUUUGGAAAUGAAACGAUGUUGAACAAAUAA